AUACUUUGCAAUCGGAUUUAGCAAUAAGGAAAUACUCGUGGUUUUAGCCCAGAAUCACCAUAUUAUCAUAAGUUUCAAGACUUUGAAGAGACAUUGCAGUGAAUUUGGCCUAUUCAGAAGAAAACACCGUACAAAUUUGGAUGAGUUUGGUGAGAGCUUUUCUGCAUCAGGAACUACAACGCAAUGGACAGAUGGCGCCGCACCCGUGCGGCGACAAGCAGCAGUAGUAGUGUGUCUGUUGUUUUGUUUUAACGUGGAUUAAUCCGUGCGGAUGGUGUCUCUUUUUCUUACUAACUUUUAAUACGUGGAGUGAUCAUGGAUGUAAUCAGUGCUUUGUUUACGAGCAUUGUUGCACUUGGGACUGUCGUGAACUGUCAACAAAUCCAACAGCCUCGGAGAAUCCAAUAUAGUCGGGACUUUCUCAUCCAAUGUCGCAAAUCAGUUGCUGAGACUUUACCAGACACUUUUCCAGGAACUUUGCCCGGCGUUUUUCCGCCAGAGAUCUGUAAACGCGGAAAUGUUUGUUGGAGACGACAGGCUCCGGAUCGAGUGAGGAAGCGUGGCCGGAAAGGAGGAGUGCGACAGAGGCUACGGAGACUCGGGUUACGCCGCUUGCCAACUCCAUCUGUCAUCCUCGGGAACGCGCAGUUACUGAGGAAUAAAGUGGACGAAUUGCAGGCGAAUGUGAAGUGCCUAUCGGAAUACAGGAACGCCUGUGUGAUCGCAUUGACUGAAACCUGGUUGACCCAUUGACGCCGGGAAAACAUUACCGCAUUUCUACCAUUAAAGCCGGGAGCGCUGUUGCGUCACUCUACCAUUAAGGCCGGGACAGCGGAUAUGUCAUUUUGUAGUAUUUGUAUUUUUUUCCACCUAUUUUCGGUCUCUUUGCCAAUGAAAUGCAUCAGAAUACAUGCGGGAGUGUCGCAAUGCAACAUCGGACUUUUCCAGAACUUUGAAAUCAUGACGGAAGACGACUAUAGCGGAGGAGCUCAGCAGCAAUGCAGCUGUGGUGAAGCCGUCAGAGCUCAGUGAGUGCUCGUCCCUCCUCCUGCGAGCUCUGCUGCCUCGCUAUCUGGACAAGGAUCUGUACCCUGUUGUAACAGGUGGAGUUUCAGAGACACAGGAGCUGCUGAGGCUCAAGUUUGACCACGUGUUUUACACAGGCAGUGGCCAAGUGGGUAAAGUAGUGAUGGAGGCUGCAGCUCGCCACCUGACCCCGGUGACCCUGGAGCUGGGAGGGAAAAGCCCCUGCUACAUCGACAAGGACUGUGACAUCCGAAUCGCCUGCCGUCGUAUCACAUGGGGAAAGUUUGUCAAUUGUGGUCAGACGUGCAUCGCUCCAGACUUCAUCCUGUGUGAACCCUGCAUCCAGGGCCGAGUCGUAGACCGCAUCCGACAAACUCUACUGGAAUUUUACGGCGCUGAUCCCAAAUGCUCACCUGACUACGGCCGAAUUAUCAACCAGCGUCAUUUCAACAGAAUCAUGAGUCUGAUGGAGGGUUACACCCCUGUGGUGGGAGGACAGAGUGAUGCCUCGCAGCGCUACAUUGCUCCAACAGUUCUGAAGGACGUGCCCCCUCACUCCAGGCUGAUGCAGGAGGAGAUCUUUGGCCCCUUGCUUCCCAUAGUUACUGUGAGUGACAUGGAUGACGCCAUCCGCUUCAUCAACGAGAGAGAGAAACCUCUGGCGCUAUACAUCUUCUGCUCUGACAAGAAGGCAGCAAAAAAGAUGAUUGAGGAGACCACAAGUGGGGGAGUGACGGUUAAUGAUGUCAUGAUGCACUACACUCUCAGCUCCCUCCCAUUUGGUGGUGUUGGUCAGAGUGGUAUGGGUGGUUACCAUGGGAAACACACCUUUGACCGGCUCAGCCACCAGAGGGCGUGCCUGGUUCGCAGUCUGAACAUGGAAAGUGUCAACCUGUCCCGGUACCCUCCUCAGGACCGCCGGCGGGCGCGGAGGGUGCGGAUGGCCCUCAAGUCGCCCCUGAUCGACAUGUCGAAGAGGACGCUGGUGUGGGCCAUCGUAGCCACCAUCAUCGGCAUCAUCCUGUUCAUCGCCCUGAUGGUCAUCCUGCUCAUAGCUGCAGGUCUCAACUGUACCUGCUGGUACUGGAGAGGCUUUUAUAACUGGUAACACUCCGUCGGUAAAAUCUGUGCCUGCUGCAAUCCACUCCACGUUAAGAGCACCUGAGCAUCAUUUGAAUCCUGUUUUGUAUUCAGAUAAUUUAAAGAUACAAAUAAUACUCUAACUUUUAUAAUGAUGUGUGUCUAUUUUGUAUCAGAUUUCCUUCAGCGAUGAGACAAACAAGCUGAAACACCGUCCAAAAACACUCAAUUUCUGCUCUGAAUUCUCCUUUACUGAAGGUUAACACUGAAUGAAGGAAAUGUUUAUUCUGCUUGUUGUUCCAGAAUAAAAAAAAUGUUGAUAUAUUA